GACUGGUACAAGUACGGCUCCUUCGGCCCCUACUCCUGGCGCGGCGUCGUCGUCGGGCCCCCCAUCCGCGGCCGCUUCUCCGACGACCGCGUCACCCUCAUCGGCGAGGUCCGCGACCACGAGGAAUGGGAGCGGAUCGAGCAAUUCGACAUGGCCGCGCAAUUCUCCCGCCGCCUCGCCGAACUCGACGCCUCCGUCGGCCUCCGCUACUUCUGGGUCUUCGUCCGCCAUCCCAAAUGGCGCCCCGGCGACCUCCCCUGGCGGCAGUGGACGAUCGUCGCCGAGGUCGCCGUCGAGGCGGGUGAGCAGCAGUGGAUCGACAAGUGGAGCCUGAUGGGCCGACUCGGCAACCAGACGAGGGCCAUGAUCACGCAGUGCGCGGCGUGGAUGCGCCCCGACGUGAUCUACGUGAAGCGCCCCGUCUACCAGUGCCGCUUCGAGCCGCAGGACGGCUUCUUCCGGCCGCUCGGCCCGCUGCUCGAUCCCGACACGGAGAGCAGCUACGUGUUCGAGCUCGACGGCGCGCCCUGCACCUACUUCGGCGGGCUCUGCAGGAUGGUGAAGGUGAGCCCGAAGGCGUACGUGGACGACGUGGUGAACGCCUACGAGAGGCUGGGCGAUGACGCCAAGUCGCGGUGCCUGGAGUUCCUGCUGACGAACCACCCGACGGAGCUCCUCCACCCCUACACCAAGGAGUGGAAGGUCAAGCUGGAGGAGAUGGAGUUGGGCUGCGACGCGCCUGACGAGAGUGAGAGCGAUGACGAGACCCAAAUCACCGAUUGGAUUGAGGAUGAUCAUGAUGAUACUGUUGAUGCUGAUGAGGAGGAGGAGGAUAAUGAAGUAAUUGAUGUGGGCGCAGAAGAAGAUGAGGAAGAAGAAGAAGAGGAAGUGGAGAGAAACCCGGAAGAGAGCGAGGAGUACUGGAAUGAGCAGUGGAAGAAGGCGGUGAGCAGUUCUGAGGAAAUGGAGAAGCUCGUGAAGAGGAGCGUGGAGGUGUCGACGGAGUACUAUAAGAGCCAGAUGAGGGAGGAGAAAGAGAGAGAGGAGAGAAUGAGAGAAGAAAAGACGGCGAGUGUUGGUGUUGUGGAACCGGUGCAGAGUAAGGCGGAGUGGGAGAACGAGGGGCACAGAAGUAGGAACAGGAGAGUGAAGAGCAAGAUUCCGCCCGAACUCUUCUUGAGGGCGGCUGUCCGGCCCUUCACCUAUCGGAAUCUCGUGAAGGAGAUCGUUCUGAUGCGGCAUGCGAUUAUUGAUGGAGAUAUCAGCGGAAAGGGCUGAGCCAAAUGAAUCUGCUCUUUAGAUUUAUGGAUCUGAAGAUUUUGGGUCAUGAUGUGGUAUUCGGCGCCUUCAAAGAUGGAUGAGGUUUUUCCCUUGUAAGCCCCCUUGUUUUUAUAUAAUUUUGUAUGAUUAUGAAGUCACAGAUAUGCUUUUAAAAUUUUAUCGUGAUUAUGAUCCAAGGUUGAUGACAAAUUAAUUUAUUACAGGCACUAUGAACUCGGCUCAUCACCAUAACUCUUAAUUUUUGUUCCCUGCACAAUUGAUUUUGCAAGGACUGUUAUAUCUCCUCAUGCAAAAGAAGAACUUUCAGUUUGUAUAAAUGUUUGUUACAGGCAAUCGAUUAGAAAUUUAUUUUACUACUUAAGUGCUGGGAGGUAAUGCAUCCCUCUGUCAAUUUAUCUCAAAGUAUUGAUUAUCCCAUUCGUUAGGAAAUGUAUCGUUUUGUCAUGAUCCAGUGAAAGAUGUUCAAGUGAUUAGGAGUUCAUUGUGGCCUCCAUGAUUUCCUGGAAAAGUAGUUUGAAAAUAUUUUGA